AUGGAGGGACCAGCAGAGGGAGGAGAGGCUGAGGACAGGCUGUCAGAGACUGGACUGGGUGAGGAGGACCAGGGGGACCAGGGGACCAGGGCUCCCUCCUCUCCCCCACCCAGCCUGCCUCUGUUACGGGCCACCUCCCCUGCAGGACCACCCACUCAACCAGACCGUGGAGAUCACCCCUCCCAGCUAACACGCAGCUACUCCCUAGAGAGGCACCCGUCCUGCCGAGAAAUAUGUGACAGGCAUUUGUAUGACAACGUGGGUGUGAAGUUGAAACAUCACAUCUAUGAGAACCCAGGGGAGCUGAGAGAUGCCACGCCGGACCUCAUCCUGGCUGUCAAACCCAAGAUGCCCCUGGAUGAGGAACAGUUUGUGGGGGCUGAGUUGGGUGAGGAGAGGCCAUCAGCGAGUGACCCCUCCCUGUCCUCCACCCGGUUGUCAUGUCUGAACAGAGCGGAGAGAAACUCCCGAGCUCUGAGCCUACACAACUCCAUCACCAAGAUCCUGUCGGAGACCACAGAUUCCUCAGAGGAGGAGUGGCAGUCUAUAGCUGACCUAGCCACAGCAUGCCGCAGCAUCCUAGAAGCCUUGUCACGUGAAGCAGGAGAUGGGACCCAAGGAGCAGACUCCCUGACAGAUGGCAAGCUAAAGGACACGAAGGACAGUGACUCACCGGGCCACCUGGAGGAGAAGGUGUCCCAGCUGGAGGACAUGCUGAAGAGGCUGCAGGAUGACCUGCAAAAGGAGAAGGAGGACAAGGCGGUGCUGCAGGCCGAGGUGCAGAGCCUCAGGCAGAAUAACCAGCGGCUGCAGGAGGAAUCCCAGAGUACCGUGGCCCGCCUCAUCAAAGUCACCGAGCUGCUGUGCAAUGUCAACAAGCCCUGCUAGCUCUGUCACAGUACACACUAUGUGUACAGACACACAAACACACACACAAUAUCACACACACACACAAGAUCACACACAAACAAACACACACACAAACAAAUGCAGACAAACAAGAUCAUAAACACAUGCUGGACACACCACAUUCAAUAUUGUAUACAAACACCCAUGCACAAUACAUCAACAUACUCUUACUGUUGCUCACUGUAUAUUAAUACAGACACACACACACACAUGCACAAUACUCUGCAUUCUGUAGAAUGACAUUUCAACUCUGGACCAGCCCAUGAGUGUCGAACCAACUGAAAAACAACCCUGAGUCAUUUCUCACCAUCUGAUGGUCUUCUCAAUAGCUUGACCAGUUGUGCCGCAUAUCCAGGGUUGCUCUUUACCCAAUAGUGUGUUUCUUUGUACCGUGAGUGUGUGCGUGCGUGCAUCACCAUGGUUAUUUUAUCUUGCUUCACAUACUUGACAAGUUGGGCAGAAUAGCAAUUGCUUAAAGCUACCCAGUUGAUUUAGAUGAAGAGACACAUGCAGCAUGUUUGAUGGCUGUUGAUUUCUAUUGACCCCAAGUGUGUGUACAGUAUGUAAACAGUAGUCUCUCUCCUCUCUGCUCAACCCUCUCCAUGAUAUGCAACGUCUCGGACUGAGAACAAACAGCGCAGCCGUGCACCAUUAGAGUAGAGGGCCUUGGAGCUACAUAGGGAAAAUGACAUGCAUGCAGGCAGCCUGCUUGAAAAGACGGACUGAUGCAUACUGACCCUGCCUCUCUCUGCCAACCUGCUCACAGAAUGGUUAGUUCAUUGUGUAGAGACACUAUUCUC